UAGCACCAAAAACAUCGAUUUUACCCUCAGCUACAUACAAAGUGCAUUGAAAAGUUAAAGAAAUAUGCCAGUUUGUAAAUAUUAAAUUCUAUUUUGUUUAGUGUUAGAAGAAUAGAUUAAAAAACAAACGACUUUGGGUUGUUUAUGUGAAAGGCUAACUAUUCGCCUACUGGCUUUUGGAUUGCUGUUGGGUGUGUGUGUGCUCGCCUUCUGAUUGGAGGAAAAUGAACGGACAACAACAACAAAGGGCGAAGUGUACGCAGAGUGCAGCAAUUAAGUUUAAUUAAGCCAAACAAUUGAAUGUGAAGAGUCUGAGCUGUUGCCCCCGUAAAGUGCAUUUAUUAAGGCGAGAUCCAAUCUGAGAUCCCCUAAAACCCGAAAAAUCGAACAGUCGACGAAAUGCCACCGUUGAAAACAUACCAGAUACACCACGAAUACAAUGGCAAUUCCAGUCCAAAUGCGAAUGCCAAUCAGAAUGCCAAUCAGAGUCCCACCAGCGGCGGCGAUGGUGACUUCUUUGGCCAAAAUAUGGGAUCAGGAUCGGGAUUGGGAGCCACGGCGGCCAUUCAACGCACAAAUCUGCCCUCCUACUGCAACGCCCAGUAUCCGUUCAAGGUGCUCUCUAAUCUCAAUCAGCUGCGCGAACAGUCGCGGUUUUGCGAUGUGGAGAUCAUUGCCGGAAUGGCCACAUUAAGUGCCCACCGGGCGGUCUUAAGUGCAGCCAGUGCCUACUUUGAGGCCAUGUUCCGACCCGAAUUAGGUCUUAAUGAGGUCAAGCAGAAAUCCGUUGUGCUGCACACGAUCGACGGUGACAUCCUUCAUAUCCUUCUUGACUUUAUCUACACAGGUCGCUGCGAAAUCACCCAGUCCAAUGUCCAGGAACUCCUCGCCGCAGCCGACAUGCUGCAGCUGAACGAGGUGGUCGACGGGUGUUGCGAGUUCCUCUGUCGUGAGCUGCAUGCCUCCAAUGCAUUGGGCAUUUUACGCUUCGCAGAGGCCCACAACUGCGAGUCAUUGGCCAAGAGUGCACUGAACUUUGUCCACGCCAAUUUCCCGGCGAUAACACUGGAGGAUGAGUUCCUGGAAACACCACAGACUCUGCUGUCGCAGCUACUCAACUCGGAGCUGUUGCGUGUGGACUCCGAGUCGCAGGUAUUCCAGGCAGCACUUCGCUGGAUUAAGCACGAUGUGACGCAGCGACGCUGCUAUGUCUUCGACGUCCUAUCCCAUGUGCGCAUGGCCCUUGUUCCGGUAAAGGUGAUUGACAAGGCUCUGAAAGACGACUGUCGCGACAUGUCCGUGAAGAUUGCCCUGCGCUCCAUUUGCCGGGACAUUGCGUCAAAGCGCGGACAACUUGUGCCGCUACGAGUCUGCCCUCGCCAACUGGCCAAGAAAAAUAUUUAUAUCAUUGGCGGAUCUCACCGGGACACUCCGCGCACAUGGAACUCGGCUGAUUGCAUCUUCGAAACUGUAGCGAAGUUUGAUAUAUUUCGGCGCGAGUGGACGGAGACGGCGCCCAUGGAGGUGGGACGCAUCCUACCUGGUGUGUCAGCAUUGAAUGGCAAGAUAUAUGUGGUCGGUGGAGAGCGCGGGUCACAAAUUCUGGCCAAUGGGGAGGUCUACGAUCCACAGAACGAUCUUUGGCAACCGAUUGCCCCAAUGAUUGUGCCGCGCUGCGAAUUCGGGCUCUGCACCAUGGGCGGGAAUCUGUUUGCCGUAGGUGGUUGGAUUGGAGACGAUAUCGGCGGUUCUAUGGAGUGCUAUGAUCCAGAGCAGGAUCUCUGGAAAUUAAUGGGCAGUAUGCCGCAACCUCGUUUCAGCAUGGGUGUAGUCAGUUUCGAGGGUCUCAUCUAUAUUGUAGGUGGCUGCACAACUACAACCCGUCAUCUGCCGGAUUUAAUCAGCUACAAUCCAGUAACCAAAGAAUGGACUGAGCUAGCCAGCAUGCAAACGGCUCGCUGCCAAAUGGGCGUGGCCGUUCUGGAUCGCUACUUGUAUGUGGUGGGUGGCAGUAGUAUCAGCCAGGACAUUCUCAGCUCCGUCGAACGCUACAGCUUUGACGAGGACAAGUGGACUACCGUUUGUGCACUUAACGUGCCCAGAGCCAUUCCUGCCGUGGCCGCUGCCGAUGGCCUACUUUAUGUAGCUGGUGGUGAUCAGCCUUGUGAGGUAAACUUUUACCGAGCCCAAGUGACUAUCAAUGCUGUUGAAUGUUAUGAUCCGCUGUCGGACACCUGGAAAAAUUGUCCCGAUCUACCAGUUAGUCGUUCAGAGGCUGGUGCAGUAGUGGUUUAAGAUCAGGAGAUGGUCGAACACAAAAUCUGUCGUAGUUUUAAGCAUAACCCACACGAAAAACACUCUUUAACUGUAGCUCUAUGGCAUCGUAUACGUUACAAACACAUCACAAAUCUCUUCCCUUUUUUUCGAUUUAAUUGAAAGUAGUGGUCUCUCGCCAAAGAUAUGUAAACGCGUUGUUACGGUUGAUGUUGUUUGUGGGAGCAUAGCGAAGCUAUUCACCAGUUAGUACACAUGCUAAUAGUUAGCCACGAAAGAAACAGCCAGCCUCAGAUUGUUCCAUAGUUGAAGUUGUCCUUUAUAAAAGCGAAACCAAACACCGAAUACUAAGCAUUCACUUUGAAAACAAAGUAUAUUAACGUAUCGUAAUUGCUGAACAUUAUUUGAAACAAUUAUUUCUUUACUUUCAAAUUAUGUAUUUACUUUUUCGUUGAAUGCGCAACGGAGUGUUAGGAACAAUGUUUUAGGCGCCUUAAGAAGAGCGUAUCUCCACAGAACUUUGUAAUUGUAUGGAUUCAAGGGGCAUUUUUGUAUCUUCAUGUUAACCAAAUUCAAUCAGUAUUUUCCAAAAACCUAAUGCUUUUAUUAACUCGAAUAUAUUUCAAGAAAAAAACAACAUUCCUUGUGAGUUGUUAAUAUGCAAUUUCAAUAGUGUUCUCUUUUGCACAUUUUUCAUUAACGUAAAAAGGAGAAUAUACCUCGUGGUAAUUAAUCAUAACAUUAUUCAACAAGGUCAGCAUAAAGAUACAAAAAGUCCCUAGCUAUACCAAAGCAAAUUAUUACAAACAAUCAAAAAAGCGAACUGUAUUCAUAAUAGGUGUAUUAUCGAAAUAAAUAUACGAAUUAUUAACUAACAACUUAAAA